CAACUUAUCACUGGUAGUUUACAUUUUCCUGAGAAACAAACAUAGAGAAAGUGAAGGGGGAAAAAAAGCUGAUAUCGAAGUUAAAGCAUUAACCCGACAGUACCCUUUUUUUCAUUUUCGUCUAUUUCCCAGAUUUUAUACAGUUCAAGAGAUGGGUGUUGGUUUCUCGUGGCCAUUUGAUAAAUGCAGCAGCACUGAGAUGGACAAUGGCAGCUUAGAAUCAAUUACUGUGAAAUCCAUUAGUUUUGGAGAUGAAGGAAUCAAAACAUCACUUAGAUCCAUCAGUUUCAAAAUCUCAGAUUCAGAGCCCACCAUUCUGAAAUCAUUAGGUUCUGGGAAGAUGAUUUUGGAAGGAUCUGUUAGCUUCAAAGGGAGAGAAUUGGUCAAGCCAGAGAGUUUAAAGACCAAAGCAAUGGACAUUCAAUCCCCAGAUUUUUUCCCGGAAUCCCCAAGAAAAUCCCAGAUUCCAGAUCCAAACAACCCACAAAUGGAGGCAGCGAUCAGGUUGCAAAAGGUCUACAAGAGCUUCAGGACUAGGAGAAAGCUAGCAGACUGUGCAGUCCUUGUUGAGCAGAGCUGGUGGAAGCUCUUGGAUUUUGCUGAGCUCAAAAGAAGUUCCAUAUCGUUCUUCGAUAUAGAUAAACACGAAACAGCUAUUUCACGAUGGUCGAGGGCGAGAACGAGGGCUGCAAAAGUCGGGAAAGGUCUAUUAAAGAAUGAUAAAGCUCGAAAGCUUGCUUUACAACACUGGCUUGAAGCUAUUGAUCCGAGGCAUAGAUACGGACAUAACUUGCACUUUUAUUACAAUCAAUGGCUCCAUUCUCAGUGUCAAGAGCCCUUCUUUUGUUGGUUGGAUAUUGGAGAAGGCAAAGAAGUGAAUAUAGAGCAAUGUCCUAGAUCAAAGCUUCAACAGCAAUGCAUCAAAUAUCUCGGUCCGAUGGAAAGGAAGCCCUAUGAGAUUGUUGUGGAAGACAGGAAGUUGGUAUACAAGCAAACAGGGGAGCUUCUUCAAACGACAGGAGAAAACAGCGAUUCAAAGUGGAUUUUUGUGCUCAGCACAUCGAAGGUCUUGUACGUCGGCAUGAAGAAGAAGGGUACAUUUCAACAUUCUAGCUUCUUGGCCGGUGGUGCCACCAUUGCUGCCGGUAGAUUAGUUGUUGAAAAUGGUGUCCUUAAGGCAGUUUGGCCUCACAGCGGUCAUUAUCGACCUACGGAAGAGAACUUCAACGACUUCAUCUCAUUUCUAAAGGAGAACGACGUCGAUCUUACCGAUGUCAUGAUGGCACCCGUCGACGAAGAAGAGAGCUUCCAUAGAACAAGUAACCAUCUUCAAUGCAAUUCAUCAUCGGAAGACAGCUUAGAGGCUGAAGAAAUCCGCGUCAAAGAGUCUACCCGGGAUUUAGUCCAUGCAAUGGAAGAAGAAAUUGGUGCAGCCACGGAAGUACCGGCAAGAACUGAAUCAUUUGAGGAUGCCAUUGCUUCAGACAAUGAUUCGAAUCCAACUGUUCGAGGCGAGAAGAUCGAUGAAUGCGAUCGUAACAUUGAAACCAUUGCUGAAGAAUCGAUCCUUCAAAGGAUUAACUCAAAGAAAGGGAUGAAGUCAUAUCAAUUAGGCAAGCAACUGUCAUGCAAAUGGACUACAGGUGCAGGUCCCCGGAUCGGUUGUGUUAGAGAUUUCCCAUCGGAACUCCAGUUCAGGGCCUUGGAACAAGUGAACUUAUCUCCCAGAAGCAAUGGUUGUACGAAAUCGUACUUUUCACCUCGAUAUACUAGCAGUCUAAACCCGAAAUUACCCGAACCGGCGGCAGCCAUGACAGAAGAAAUGAGAACCCGAAGUUUGCCUAUUCAAUGCACAAUGCCACAACGUCUACUUAAAGGGUGUCGGAAUUUGAGAUAUGCCCCCGAUGAUGUUACGGGAGUUCCUUUUUCAAAAUGUAGAAGAAUGUAA